AUGGCUUUCGUUGUAUCAACAACAUUAGCCAUUGAUCUUCUUCAAAUUCCGGCUUGCCUUUCAGGAAGUUUAAUGUCAUGUGCUGGCAUUGGAGCUGGAUUAAUAAUGCCAAUAAUUAAUAUUCAUUCGUGGAGUGAUGGAGCUGCUCAGCCGAUGUUUGGUACCACUUGUCGUAGUGGUUUGAAAGGUCGCCUUUCUGGCUUUCAAUGGAAGUGGGAUGCACGAUUUUCAUGUGACAAUUAUCCAUUCGUCGGACAGUCUACACGACAAGGAAAAUCGAGUGCUAUCGAAGCUGCCUUUGUGGAUUGGAUGAAUCAAGCAACCAAUGCUGGCCUCUUCAGUUCAGAAUCUCAAAUUGGAAAAAAGUGA